AUACAAUUCGGUGAGACACCUGAACCAUCUCUUUCUCAUCCACCGUGCAUGUUUCGAUCCAUACGCCUUGCGCGAACGUGUGCUCUUCCCAUAUCUAGCCGGUGGACUUCCAGCCAUUCCAGAGGCAUCCGACGCGGACUCACUGCCGCCACGAUGUCGAAUAUCAAAUACUUGACCGGCGAUAAAGAUGGCAUUGAUCAAUUUAUAAGCCAGUUUGACGUAUUUCUCUUCGACUGCGAUGGCGUGCUUUGGUCCGGCGAGCAUUUACUUCCUCGCAUACCCGAGACCAUUGCUAUGCUUCGAGAGAAGGGCAAGAAACUGGUCUUCGUGACGAACAACAGCACCAAGUCUCGAGCAGACUACAAGAAGAAGUUUGACAAGAUGGGCAUUACUGCUUCUGAGGAAGAAGUGUUUGGCUCGAGUUACAGCGCCGCAAUCUACAUCUCCCGCAUCCUCAACCUGAAAGCGCCCAAGAACAAAGUGUUCGUGCUAGGCGAGACGGGCGUGGAGCAGGAGCUCGAGUCGGAGAACGUGCGCUACUGCGGCGGCACCGACAAGUCCUAUCAGCGAGACGUCACUCCAGACGACUACGUCAACAUCGCCAACGGCAAGGCUCUGGAUGAUGAAGUCGCCGUGGUGCUAACGGGGUUGGAUUUCCACCCGACCUACCUGAAGUACGCGCUGGGAAUGGCGUACAUCCGUCGCGGUGCAAAGUUUCUCGCGACCAACAUCGACUCCACUCUCCCCAGCGCCGGAUCACUCUUUCCCGGUGCCGGAUCGACGACCGCGCCGCUUAUAACAUCUACCGGCCAACAGCCACUGGCUCUGGGCAAGCCUAGCCAGGCGAUGAUGGAUGCGAUUGAGGGCAAGUUUCAAUUUGAUCGGAAGAAGGCUUGCAUGGUGGGUGAUCGAUUGAACACCGACAUUCAAUUCGGCAUCGAGGGUGGACUCGGUGGGACCUUGUGUGUGCUUACGGGCGUCAGCAAGAAGGAAGAGUUUCUCGAGGAGGGCGCGCAGGUGGUGCCGAGUGCGUAUGUCGAUCAGCUGGGCGACUUGAUGGGAUAGAUGUAUAUAGCAUUUGCUUGUCGAAUUGUUUAGACAUAAUAUAUCAAGUUGCUGCUUAUUA